UUCCUCGUUCCUUGUUGGAGCUGAUCGUCUCGCACCCAACCCACCAAAGCACCAAGGCUCUGGUCCAUGGUCAAGCCAAGGGCUUGCCUUUUCCACAACUGAUCGUCUAAUCCACGACCAAGUUUGACCACUCUUCAGUCCUACCUCUGCGUACACUUGGCAACCACCGCCAAUUACUGCAUCUACUGGAGUAGUACUAUCAUCGUCUCAUCCACGCCCAGCUUCUUCUUGAGUCUUCAUGCGCGCAACCGUCAAAAACAAACCAACCUCACCGGCUCAGCUCAACUUCAAAUCUUCAAACCCAACGUAAAACCAUGAAACCACUCCCACCACCGGCCACGGCACUGAUGGAUCUCUCACCAGCCAGCGCGGGCGCCUAUGGCGGAAAGGCGGCGGACGCGUACCGGAUGGCGCUCAGCUCAGCGGCCUCGGCGGCCGCGUACGCCGUACUGGCGCGGAGCAUGGCGCGUGAACUCCUCCCGGACGAGCUGCGCGCCGCCGUGCGCUGGGGCGCGUCCAUGCUCCGCGCGCGCCUCGGCUGGGGCGCCAAGGAGCGCCGGACGUUCGUCAUCCGGAGCCACACCAGCGGCGGCGGUCGCGAGGAGAAUCUUCUCUUCGACGCAGCGCGGACGUACCUGUCCUCCAGGCUCGACCCGCGCGCCAUGCGCCGUCUCGAGCUCAAGCUGUGCGCCACCAGGGACGAUGGCGGCCUCAGAAGCUGGACCAAGCGCCUCUUCAUUGAGCCUGGGGACUCCACCAUCGAUGUCUUCGACGGCGUCGAGUUCAUGUGGUCGUCCGUCCACAAGACAAACGGCAGCGUGGGAGGAAGCAAGAAGUCCAAGAACGGGGAGUCCGGUACCACCGAGUUCCUGCUGAAGCUCAGCUUCGACGCCAAGCACACGGACAUGGCGAUGGAGAGGUACGUGCCCUUCGUCAUGGGGGCGGCCGAGGAGACGAGGCUGCGGGAGCGCUCGCUCAUGAUAUGCAUGAACGAGGGCCGAACAUGGUUCAGGCUGAAUCACCACCACCCCGCCACCUUCGACACGCUCGCCAUGGACCCGGUGCUCAAGCACUCCAUCGUCGCCGACCUCGACCUGUUCGCCAACAGGAGGGACCACUACCGCCGGAUUGGCAAGGCGUGGAAGCGCGGGUACCUUCUGUACGGCCCGCCCGGCACCGGCAAGUCCAGCCUGGUGGCGGCCAUGGCCAACCACCUCCGGUACAACAUCUACGACCUCGACCUCAACCACGUGCAAAACACAACGCUGCAGUGGCUGCUCGUCACCAUGUCCGACAAGUCCAUUCUUGUCAUCGAAGACAUCGAUUGCUGCUGCGAUGCCAUGCUAAGGGAAGUGGACAGCAAGGAGAAGAAGACGCAAGGGCGGACUCGCAAAGAAGACGGCGGCGGCUCAUCAGAAAUUUCGUACAGUACGCUGUCGCCGAAGCGCAAAUCGGAGAUCACGCUUUCGGGUCUGCUCAACUUCAUCGACGGGCUCUGGUCGACCAGUGGCGAGGAGCGCCUCAUCGUCUUCACCACCAACUACAAGGACCGCCUUGACCCGGCGCUGCUGCGGCCGGGGCGCAUGGACAUGCACGUCUACAUGGGCUACUGCUGCUGGGAGGCAUUCAAGACUCUGGCCCGGAACUACUUCCUCGUCGACGACCACCCCCUCUUCCCGGAGAUACAGGAACUGCUUAUGGCGGUGCAGGUGACCCCGGCGGAGGUGUCCGAGAUGCUGUUGAGGACCAAUGAGCCAGACGUUGCGCUCCGGGGUCUCACGGAGUUCCUCAAAGAGAAGAAGCAGGGACAGAGUAAGAUGGAGGACGUGCAUGAAGGGAACUAAACAGGGAGAGUAUGAUCCAGGGAACUCAGCACGGAGAGUAUGAUCCAGGGACGUAGCUCGAUUACAGCUCACAUCAAGAACUUGCUAGCUAGUCUUGGAAUAAGCCGAUUGAACUAAUGCAUUUGUUUUGCAAAUGUCUCGUGAUCGAACACAUUGCUGCAACUAGUCUUUAGAUCAAUGUAUAGCAUCAUUGGUGCACAUGAUCUUUAGAUCAAUGUUAUGCUGGUACUAUGUAA